AUGAGUGAAUUGUAUUAUCAGGAUGCUGUAACAAUCACCAGCAAAGGUCAAGAAAUGGAGCUUGUGAAGGUCCUGACUCUCUUCACUUCCAUCGACUUCUCCUUCAACAACUUUGAAGGCCAGAUACCAGAAGAGAUGGGAAACUUCACAUCACUAUAUGUCCUCAACUUAUCUGGUAAUGGUUUCACAGGCCAAAUCCCAUCAUCAAUAGGGCAGCUGAGACAGCUCGAGUCAUUAGACCUCUCACGCAACCACCCGAGAGAGAAGAUCCCCAGAGAGUUUGUGAGCCUAACUUUCCUUUCAGUCCUGGACCUCUCCUUCAAUCAGUUAGUGGGGGCAAUCCCAAGCGGUAAUCAAUUUCAAACAUUUUCAGAAGCUUCUUUCCAAGGGAACAAAGGAUUGUGUGGGCAACCUUUGAGUGUAAAUUGCGAAGAGGAAACACCAUCACCGACGUUUGAUGACAGGCACUCAACUUCCCGAAUGGAGAUUAAGUGGGAAUACAUAGCUCCUGAAAUAGGAUUUGUGACAGGGUUGGGAAUCGUGAUUUGGCCUCUAGUGUUGUGCAGGAGAUGGGAGGAAAUGCUACUACAAACAUGUUGA